UCUGCGUGGACUGACCCUCACGUCGGUCUUCUUUCACUUGGCUACGAACCACCAUCCAUCGAAGAUGAUCCGAAACAGCGCACUCUUCCUGAUUCUGGCCCUGUUCACGGUCUACGCGGAAGUUGUACACUGGACGGCAUGUCCUAACCCUGAAAAUGUCACUUCUGUUUGUACUGUACACGAAGUACGUGUAAAUCCAUGCAGGGAAGCUGAAGAAAGAAAACCAUGUUCUUUGAAAAAGGGUCGCAAUGCGAGCAUAAGCUUUGACUACACCUCCGAGUUCAAUGGUGAUUCGUUAUCCAGCAGAGCAUAUUGGGCUUCGGAAAUCGUAGAUUUACCAUUUUUGGGUAUGCCACUUGAUGCUUGCGCAUCUACUGUUUGUCCAACUACGCCUGGUCAAAAACAAACAUACUCGGUUAUAUUGCCAAUCUCUAAGAAAUUCCCUGCGCGAACGUAUGAUCUCAAAUGGAAAUUGUGGAACGAGCAAGAGCAAGAAUGCUGUUUUAUGUUCCAAAUUAAAUUGGUGAAGUGAAGCUGUUCUUAAAUCCAAUAUAUCAUCCUUCACAAUGAUUAUAAUUCGCCGAUCAAUAAUUUAAUAAAAUAAACUAUAUAUCCGUAUUAAUAA